UUGCUAUUAACCUCAGCAUAUUUUUACCAGAAGGUUAAAGCUAACAUUUCAUCUGUCGUUUUUGACACGAAGGGUUGUGGCAAGGUUACGAGGAAGAAGGCGUUUUGCUAUUCUUUUAGGGACUAACAUGUCUCAUUUGAAGCCGGCAGGAAAUCCGCAACGAGAAUCAGCUGGCAAUCCACCAAGUUCCAAAACACUUGCUCUGACUGUGUGCGCUGCUGCCAUUGGAGGGACCUUCCAAUAUGGAUACAAUAUUUCAAUCAUUAAUUCUCCUACCAGCUACAUUCAGACGUUUAUCAAUAAUACCUACGCAGGACGCUGGGGCAUAGGUUUGGAAACUACCCACGUGACUCUGUUUUGGACCCUCAUUGUCUCAGCUUUCCCCCUUGGAGGUCUACUCGGUGCUCUACUAGCUGGACCAAUGGCAGUACGAUUUGGAAGAAAGAAUUCUCUGCUUGUCAACAACUCAUUUUUGUUCACAGCUGCAAUUUUAGUUCUGUUGUGCAGGACCGCGGCGUCAUUUGAGAUGAUAAUCAUUGCUCGGUUCCUAGUGGGCAUCAAUUCAGGGGUCAGUAUGAAUGUCCAACCAAUGUAUUUUGGGGAAAGCGCCCCCAAACACCUCAGAGGCGCGGUGGCUUUCUCCUCAGCUGUUUUCACAGCAUUUGGCAUUUUCUCAGGUCAAGUUGUAGGAUUGACCGUAGUGUUGGGAACAGAAGCUCUCUGGCCAUAUUUACUAGCCAGCAAUGUGCUUCCAGGCUUGAUCCAGUUGCUUACAUUACCCUGGUUCCCUGAAAGCCCCAGAUAUCUUCUCAUUGACAAGGGAGAUAGGGAAGCAUGUGUCCGAGCACUUGAAAGACUCCGUGGUGGUGUGGCUCCAGCUCUGGAAAUUCAGGAAAUACUUGAAGAACAGCAGAAAUACUCAGAUCUUGGAUCUUCUCCUUCCGCAAAGACACCAUGGUCACUUUUUAAGGAUCCUGAUUUACGAUCCCAGCUUCGAACGGUCAUGUGGGCAAGCAGUGCCAUGAUGCUUUGUGGUAAUGACUCAAUCUACUUCUACGCAUCCUACAUAUUUCUUCAGGCCGGCAUCCCUUCAGCUAAAAUCCAAUACGCCACCAUUGGGACAGGGGCAUCUGAACUGACUGCUUCAAUUCUAAGCAACAUCUUGAUUGAACGAGUGGGCCGAAAGUGUCUUCUUGUCGGGGGCUACACUCUUAUGUCUUGCUGGACGGUAGUCUUCACAGUAGCCCUCACAUUGCAACAACAGGGAGUAGAGGGUAUGUCAUACCUCAGCAUGGUAUGCGUGUUGACUUACAUCCUUAGUUUCGGUUUGGGCCCUGCAGGCGUGACAGGAAUCCUGCCCGCUGAGAUCUUUGAUCAGACAGCACGUCCGGCUGCAUACAUGAUCGCCGGAUCGCUAAUGUGGUUUAGUCUCUUCCUGGUAGGAAUGUUGUUUCCCUUCAUUGUCAGCAGUCUGGGGAGCUUCUGUUUCCUGCCGUUUUUUGCCGUGUGUUUGCUGUCAGCUGUGUUUUUGGGGCUCACGUUCCCAGAAACGAAAGGCAGAAGCCUGCCCGAGAUCACUGCAGCGUUUGAUGAAAAGAACAGAGGGAAGAUGCGAGCUAAGCGGGUGAAUGAGCUUGUGGAAGAUCGCAAUGAGAUGGAGGAAAUUACUGACUUUACUUCCUUACAUGAAGGUCUGGAGAACCAAGACUGAACUCAGGAACUGAUGCAGCUUAAACCAAAAUACCUGUUCUGGUCUAUUUUAAAAGUCUUUAUUGAAGUGCUAGCUACAUCUCAACCAAAACGAUCUGAUGUCUGUGUUUUGUGACCUACAUACAAGAAGGUGAAGAUUUAUAUGUCUUUAUUAGGCCUGCACGAUAUUUGAAAAAAGUAUCAUUGCGAUUUCAGGGGGGGGAAGGGGGAGGCGAUAUUAAAUUGCGAUAUUAAAAUUAGAAGAAUUUUCACCGGAUAACUUAAAUAGCUGUAUUUGAGAUAGGCCUGAACGAAAUCAGAAAAAAUUAACAUUGCGAUUAGGGCUGCAACUAUCAAAUAUUUUAGUAAUCGAGUGUUCUGCUAAAAAUUCCAUCGAUUAAUCGGAUAAAACAUUUUUUUUUAGGUAAAGAGCAAUUAUAAAUAUACAUGAGAAAAAAAGAAUUUUUACCUAAUAUUGAAUCCUUUUUUAGACAAUCAAUGUCCUAAUUUUAGAUGUACAUUGUGGAAAACAGCCAUCAAUUGCAUCUCUGCUGUGACUAUAAAACAAAACAACAAAGUCACCGCUUUUACUCCAAAAACGUAAAAAAAGAAAAAUCUAACCUAAAAAUGUCAUUACGCUUCAUUACACAAAUCACUUAAAAGUUAGAUGUUUUUCCUACAUGUUUCAAUUUCCAUUUGCGUCAAGCUAAUUUCAAGUUGUAGUUAAGUUUUAAGUAUUGGCAUCCCUGCAAUUCUGUCAGAUAAUGCUCAAUUUCUCCCAGAAAAUGAGUGCAAUUUCAAAUGCUUUGGUAGUAAUAUCUUCAUUUAUUUUGCUUGCUAUGAAAAAACACAAAAGAGAAUGGUAAAAAAAAAUAAAUCAUAAUGAUUUUACACUCCAACAACUCCUUAAAUGGGCCCGACAACAGUAUUGGCACCCUUUAAAAAAUCAUGUGAUGCUUCUCUAAUUUGUGAAAUUACCAGCACCUGUUAAUUACCUGUGUCACAGAACAGGUGGUGGUAAUACCUAAAUCACAUGUGCAGCCAGUUAAAAUGGAUUAAAGUUCACUCAACCUCUGUCAUGUGUCCAGACCUGAAUCCCAUAGAACACCUGUGGAGAGAUCUGAAAAUGGCAGUUUUGAGAAGGCACCCUUCAAAUCUCAGAGACCUGGAGCAGUUGGCUGAAGAAGACUGGUCUAAAAUUCCAGCAGAGCAUUGCAAGAAACUCAUUAAUGGAUACCGGAAGUGGUUGUUCGCAGUUAUUUUGUUUAAAGGUUGUGCUACCAAGUAUUAGGCUGAGGGUGCCAAUGCUUUUGUCAGGCCCAUUUUUGGAGUUCUGUGUAAAAUGAUAAUGAUUUAAUUUUUUUUUCAUUCUUUUUUGUGUUUUUUCAUCACAAGCAAAAUAAAUGAAGAUAUUACUACCAAAGCAUUUGAAAAUGCAAUCAUUUUCUGGGAGAAAUUAAGCAUUAUCUGACAGAAUUGAAGGGGGGACCAAUACUUUUGUCCAGCUAUGUAGUCUAAACUGUAAGUCCUGAUAAGAUUUUGAGUUUUUGCAGUGUUCAGAAUACUGUAUAUGUAUGAUACCUGCUGUAUUGGAGAACAUUCGGCAGCUAAUUGGUGUUUUAUCCAUCAAUGACUACUGAGCUAAAAUUGACAGCUUUGUUUUUAUUUCACACCCUCAUCACUCUACAGCGCUGGGUUUUUUACAGAUUAAAUAAAACCUGUAUGAAAGACGCGUUAGCCAUGCAUCGACAGUAAUCAUAAUUAAUAAAAACCUAACCCUCCGCAGGCGCGAUCGUCCGGUAACGUGAUCGCAUCGGGAACUUUAUGUAUUGCCGUUUAAUCCAAGUUUGCUGUAUAUAAUAGGGAUCCAGCAUCUGCACACUUGCUGCUUUUAUGAAGUAAAACAAAGUUAACAUGUAAAAAAAAAAAAAAAAAAAAAAAGUCCUGCGAUGUGACUAUUGCACAUGUUCAAAUGAUAUAUUGUUUAGGCCUAGUCUUUAUUUAUUUACAGUGCUGGCCAAAAGUAUCGGCACCCCUACAAUUCUGUCAGAAAAUGCUCAA